UUUCCUGUCAUGACUUUGCAAAGAUUUGAUUUCAAAAACAAUAUCAUAGCUAUUACACUUUUUUUUUUUUUUUUUUGCUAUGAUUCUAAAUAAGCUUUUAAGUUUUAAUGUCAAGGUAUAAAAAAUGGGCUAAAGUCUAAUAUUGUGGUGUCUGUGUUUUGAAAUAAGUUUUAUAGUCUUCAUUUAAUUCAAGUCGGACAGUAAUCAGUGUUGAGUAGCCUACUGCUGUAAGGUUAACCCUGCCUGCUUUAAAUGUUUCAAAAUGAUUAACAAAUGAAAGCAUUUGUUGCAAAUUUAGAAGACGAAUAAAGUGAUCAAACAUGAUCAGUUACAUUACUUUAAUGAUUUUACUUAUUACAUUUUAAAUAGGGUAACUUGUAAUCUGUAACCUAUUACAUUUCCAAAGUCACCUUCCCAACACUGCUUGUGGGUAGGCUAGUUAUAUUUUCCAGUUUAGCAUCAAAUGAGAUCCAGUUAUGUUUGUCAUAUUCACAUUUGUAUCAUAGAAUUUUUUUUUUUUUUUUUUUUUAUUAUAUAAGAUUUAAAUAUUUGCAGAAUUUACUUUAGUAUAGUGAUUGCAGCUUUUCAAGUCUUUUUAGCCACUACUAAAAUAAUUUUUCACUCUGUAGUUUACAAAUGGUUAUUGUAUCAUAACACUGAUUACAUAAGAUUAAUAAAACAAUGUGUUAUUCGCAGCAUAAAAUACUUGUCUUAUAAUAAAUAAUUUGUUUUUAAAUUAGUUAUCAUUACUAUGUAGUGUAGUCGUGCUGCAGUACCGCUGGAAGUCAAUCGGGGCGCUAUUCUCAGCUAUUCUCCAUUUCGGAGACCGCAGGGUUUUGUAUUUUUCACACACUCGUUAGCGCGUGCCAUGUUUGCGGAAGUUAAAUCGAUUUCUCUGUCAUUUUAACGAAAUGUAGUAAUCUUCACGUUUAAACAAAUAUAUUUGCAGAUUAUUUUGUUUGUGGCCCGUCCUAAAAGAAUGAUGACCUUACCGAAGGGACCCGAUUCUUUGUGUUUCGAUAAAGACGAGUUUAUGAAGGAUGACUUCGACGUGGACAAAUUUGUGGCCGAUUGCAGAAAGCGUGUCCAGCUGGAGGAGAUGCGUGAAGAUCUGGAGCAAUAUUACAGACUUCUCAAAACCGCCAUGGUCGAGCUUAUCAAUAAAGACUAUGCAGAUUUCGUUAACCUGUCCACAAAUCUUGUUGGGAUGGAUAAAGCCCUUAAUCAGCUCUCUGUCCCUCUUGGCCAGUUACGUGAAGAGGUGCUGAGUUUGAGAUCGUCUGUGAAUGAAGUUAUUGAAGCUAUCGACACCCAGCUAUCCAAACAAGAUGAUAUUCAAAAAAAGAAGCUUUGUGUGCUAAGGCUCAUUCAAGUUGUGAGGUCAGUGGAGAAGAUUGAGAAAAUUCUUCACCAAAACACCAAAGAUACAACAUCACUGGAGACCAGCAGUCCUCUUCUGGCAGGUCAGAUUCUAGAGCGAAUCGCCACGGAGUUCAACCAGUUACAGUUUCAUGCAGUCCAGAGCAAAGGAAUGCCAUUGCUUGAUAAAGUCAGACCGAGAAUAGCAGGUAUCACAGCUAUGCUUCAGCAGUCCCUGGAAGGCUUAUUGAUCCAAGGCCUGCAGACGUCAAAUAUAGAUAUUGUGCGGCAUUGCCUCAGGACAUAUGCUACCAUUGAUAAGACCAGGGACGCAGAGGCACUGGUCGGACAGGUCUUAGUCAAACCAUACAUGGAUGAGGUUAUAGUUAAACAGUUUGUCAAGUCCAACCCUAACGGUCUUAAGAUGAUGUACUCAAAGCUCUUGGAGUUUGUGCCUCACCAUUGUCGACUGCUGCGAGAGGUGACUGGCGGAGCAAUCUCUAGUGAUAAAGCCGACAUUGUUCCAGGAUAUGACUUCCUGGUGAACUCCGUUUGGCCUGAGACCAUUAGAGGUGUUGAGGAAAGAGUCCCUUCCCUUUUCAAUCCUGGAAACCCAGAUGCAUUUUAUGAGAGGUACACUGUCAGCAUGGAUUUUGUGCGUAAGUUUGAGAGGCAGUGUGGGUCCCAGGCCAGCGUGAAGAGGCUGCGAGCGCAUUCGUGCUACCAGAGUUUCCACAACAAGUGGAACCUGCCCGUGUACUUCCAGCUGCGGUUCAAGGAGAUUGCUGGAAGUUUAGAAAGUGCCAUUUCUGAUGGACUAGAGACUGCUCCAGCGGGCAGCAGCUACCACCUGCAGGUGACAGAGGUGUUGUGGAGCUGUUUGUGCAGGUGCUGGGCAGAGCAGGUGUACCUGCCUCCGCUUGCUCAUCGCUUUUGGAAACUAACACUGCAGCUGAUUUCCAGAUACGCCACCUUUCUAACAGAGGUUUUAACAAAAUCACCUCCUCCAGAGACUAGCAAAGAUUCAGUCAGACCACUCCCAAGCUCCGCCUCCUCCACGUCCAGCCGCACAUCACAGGAUGCAGACAGCGAAACCGGCGGCUCCACUGUUUUAUCUACCAAGAAACUCGUCUUCAUUGCAGCCGAUGUUGAUAAGUUACAAGGACAGAUUCCAGAUAUCACAGAGAUGAUCAAGGCCAAAUUGGAGAGUAUUGGGUUCAAAAACUUUGCUGUUGUUUCAGAAGCCUUGCAGGAUUCCAGCGCUUCCCUGUCCAGCUGCAUCCCCACACUGAACAGCAGAAUGACUCAGCAUCUAACAGAAAGGAGCGUUCGUUUCCUGAAAAACGCUUCGGAAGUCCCGCGACUUUAUCGAAGGACUAACAAGGAAGUGCCCACUAGAGCCUCAGCCUAUAUGGACAACGCACUUCAGCCUCUCCAUCAGCUGGUCAACGACUCCAAAAAUGUGGUGAAAGACUCCAUCAUUCAAGAGUGGCUCCGGGUCACGCUGUCAGACUGCACCCACAGAUAUUUUGAGACCAUAUCGGAUGUGCUGAGCUCAGUGAGGAAGAUGGAGGAAAGUCUAAAAAGGUUGAAACAGGCUAGGAAAACAACCACCACCAGCACCGUAGGCGUCAAUGCAGGGCCUUCAGACGACAGUAAGAUCCGCCUGCAGCUGGCACUGGAUGUGGAGUAUCUUGGAGAGCAGAUUCAGAAGAUGGGUCUUCAGCCAAGCGACAUCACCAUGUUCUCUUCUCUGCUGGAACUGGUACAGGAAGCAAGAGAUCUCGCUUCAGCGGAACAGACAGGGUCCUAAAGCAGAAGUAGGGUCCAAAAUGGUUACUGAUCUGAAUGAUGCCACAUGGCUCAGUAUCUGCUCCAGGAGUGGUUUUAUGAAGUUUUGCCAUCCCUCAACUCCUCUAAUAGCAGCUAUCUCGACCUGUCUGGAGGAGCAGCACACUAAAAUAAUGUGAUUUACUCCCUGAUAAGUUAUUUAUUGUUGAACUAUAUGGGAUUAUAUGGCCAAAAAGCCAUGUAUUUUAUGGUUCAGAUUUAUUUGAGAAAUGAAAAGAGUUUUUUGUAUGAACCAAUCAGCACUCAUCUGCUGGAGUCUGCUGGAGUUGUAUCUGUCAGAAACUGUUUUUCUCAGAUGUUAACUCUGGGUGAACCCUGCCAAAUAACAUCAACAGUACAAACGCUAAAGAGGUUUCAUGUUUAAAUUACAGGUGGGUUUUUUUUUUUUUUUUUUUUUUUUUUCAAAUUAGGUGUUGGAGUUUGUUUCACCUGGUAAGAAUGGGACUAAGACUUAACCAAGAUUAAACAAUAAAAAAAAUUGGGACAAUA